AUGGCUCCCAAUCUAGCUCAAUCGACGCUUGACCUCAUCCACGACAUGCUGGUCAGCGGUGAAUUAACCACAUCACAAAUGGCUAGAACCGCUAAUUGCAGUAAACGCGCAAUAUUCCGACUCCGCUCUAAUCUUCGAUUGUUUGGCACUCUCAAAGCCCCUCCGAUAAAAGGCGGACGCCCGCGGAAGUUGACUCCACCAAUGCUAGAAACCCUUUGCGAUCAUCUAAUAGAAAAGCCAUCUACUAUCAGUGAUACUCUCCGCCAGUCCGGUUGGUCUAGAAAGGAAUGUCGGCAGCAAGCGAGAGAACUAAAUGCCGAUUUACGUGAUGAUUAUAUGCAUCUGAUUUCGGAAUUCCAGUCGUUCCACUUGGUUUAUGUGGACGAGUCUGGAUGCGACAAAAGAACAGGCUUUCGAAGAAGCGGGUGGUCUCCGAGUGGUACAACACCGGUUCAGGUGUCAAGAUUUCAUCGGGAUCAGCGCUACCAAAUACUCCCUGCUUACGUACAGGACGGUGCUAUACUUGCUAGAGUUUUUCGAGGCUCAACUGAUGCAUCAUUCUUUGAGGAUUUUAUCGAAGAACUACUUCAGCAUUGCGGGAAGUGGCCCGAGCCCAAAUCUGUACUUGUGAUGGAUAAUGCGUCCUUUCACCGUUCUGGUAAGAUAGAGCAAUUGUGCUGCGAAAAGGGUGUCAAGUUCGUAUAUUUGCCGCCCUAUUCACCGGACCUAAACCCCAUAGAGGAGUUCUUUGCCGAGCUUAAGGCUUUUAUUCGGCGGAAUUGGCAGGCGUACGAGGAUAAUACGGAGCAGGGGUUCACAGCAUUCUUGGAGUGGUGCGUUGAUAAGGUGGGAGCAAAGCAGCAAAGUGCCGAGGGUCAUUUUCGGCAUGCAGGGCUGACUAUUGAGUAUCCAUAUGAGACGUUCUAA